CAGUUGACUGUUGAGGGAGCGGCCGAUAGGACGGGAGCGUGCGACCAGAGAAAGAAUUGUCCACAAUGGAAGCAGUUAAAGAUGUGACGGAGACAGUGACGGUGGACCUGGGUGCACUCCUGGACGCCGGGGACGACGCCGUGGUGAUACUCGAGGCAGGUGACACUCGGCUGGUGGCGCACAGGGCCGUCCUGGCAGACAGGAGCCCAGUGUUGGCGGCCAUGUUCGCGCACGACACCCUCGAGACGAGCACCGGCAUGGUGAGGAUUGCCGACAUCGGGGGCCCGGUGCUGAGACAGCUGGUCUCCUACCUGUACACCCUGCGGGCCCCCCAGCUGCCCGGCACGGCCCCCCAGCUGCUGGCCGCAGCGGAUAAGUACGGGGUGUCGCAGCUGAAAGCGGAGUGUGAGAGGCAGGUGGCCGCUCAGCUGACUGUCGAGACCGCAGCGACCGCAGCCGUCCUCGCAGUCCGCCACUCCUGCAGUGACCUCAGGCGAGCCGCCAUCGAAUUUAUUAAGGCACGUACCCACGAGGUGAUGGCCACUCAGGGGUGGGCAGAUGCGAUGCUUCAUCAACCGAAGGACUUGAUCGAAGUGAGCAGAUUGCUGUAUGAUCCACCACCAAAAAGCAGCGCACCAGUCGUUACGGAGCUGAGUACCACAACCAGAACCACCACCACCUCCGCCGCUGCCGCCACCUCUGCCAGCGCACCUUGCCAGACACCUGCUGCUGCGCGGCCCACGACUCCUCCACCUGAUGCGGCCACUGUCUCUCAAAUGCGGAGCCUCUCUGCAGAGGAGAGGGACAGGAGGCUGGUCCAGGCGGCUGAGCAGGGGGCAGUGGGGGAGCUGAGGGCGCUGAUCGCCGCAGGGGCCGACGUGGGGGCGAGGGACGGGCUGACGGGGUGGACCGCCCUGCACUGGGCAGCGCGGAGGGGAGACGUCGAGGCGGCGAGGCUGCUGGUGGGGGCGGGUGCGGCGGUGGACGCCAGGGAUGGGGGUGGCUGGACGCCGCUGCACUGGGCGGCACUCAACGACCGCGCAGAAGUGGCGGCUGCGCUGCUGGUCGCGGGGGCCGACAGGGGGGCCACAACUGGUGGUGGUGUGCGGACAGCGCUGGACCUCGCCAGGCAGUACAACCAGUGGAGGCUGGUGGAGAUGCUGUCAUGA